UCCUCAAACACGCUCAGACCUUCCAGUCCAGCAAACCGCCUCUCUCUGUCUCUCUAUCACACACACGCAGCCGCAAGCAAGCUGUAAUCCAUUGAUCUGCUCUCCGCAGCAGCGUAUGCAGAGCAGGAGCACAGACGAGCAAAUCCGGACCGCUCUCAUGCAGCGCUACGUACUGCCUCUCCUCCUCGUCCUCGGGGCGAGGGACGGACUCGGGACCCCUCUGACGGCCAGCCCCGGCCCUGGCGAGGCCCCCGGCGCGCCGCCGGACACCUGCGAGGGCAGACCCUGUCUGAACGGAGGCGUCUGCAGUCGGGUGGGAGAGAUGGAGGAGAGUCCGAGCACACAGAUGCAGACUGACUUGUGGGCUUACACCUGCAUCUGCGGACAGGGCUUCGCUGGGCAGAACUGUGAGUUUUUUGCAGAUCCAUGCGCCAGCAGCCCCUGUCUCCAUGGCAACUGUAGCCAGGACGGCGAGGGGGAUGGGUUCGCGUGCGAGUGCAGCGAGGGUUACAGCGGGGUUCGGUGUGACCUGCCUACCUUGACCUUUGACCUGUCCGAGUCCACCUGGGACCUCGCCGAGAGCCUCGUCCCGGAGCAUGCCACGCCCGCCACGCCCGCCACGCCCGCUACCACCACUCAAGUGUUCCAGCCAACCACGGUCCCCACCACUACUCAAGCCCCGCCCACUCUGGAGCCGUGGCGACCCAGGCCGGGUCAGAAAGCGGUGGAGAUACUGUGGGAGGAUCAGCAGAUUACUGAUGAAGCCGAAUGCGUGAGUACCGCCGGAGGUGAGUCUGCCGGAAUGAUGACCGUUUCCAUGGAGGUCGCAGAGGAAACAGCAGUGAAGUUGGUGGGUAACGUGAGUGGCUCUGCUGUGCUGUGGCGUGUAGGUGAGGCUGGUUAUGAGCAGUGCUCUGUUGCAGACGGUACAAUCAUGUGGUUUCAGCAGAGCUCAGAUGGCCUGGUGCUCCCUGACCAGUCCUUGCCAUUCGGACACAACUACUUCAUCAGUGUUCUUCACGUUGGAGCACCUUCUGGUCCGGAGGUCACUUUAAGGCUGCAUCUCAAUGUAAAAACCAAUAACUGUAUGGAGCCCGGCAGUGGAUUCGGCGACCCACGAUGCUCUGGGAAAGGAAAAUGCAUCACCCAGUCCUCUGUGGACACAUUUUACUGCCAGUGUGAUGAUGGGUACUCUGGGAUCUUCUGUGAGGAGUUUGACGCUUGUCAUCUGAAGCCCUGCGAGAACAACGGCUCCUGCACCGACCUCAGACAGAGAGAUGAAGGACAAAACUACAGCUGUACCUGCCAGCCAGGUUUUGAGGGAGACCGAUGUCAGUCAUUGGUGGAUCACUGUGUUUCUGGACCCUGCAGGAACGGAGCCACUUGCUCCAGCAGCCUAGAAGGACAUCACUGCUAUUGUGCCGAAGGGUAUCAGGGUGCCAUGUGCGAGCAGAAGAUUGAUCCCUGUGCUUCUGGGCCCUGCCACAAUAACGCCAGCUGCUCCCCACAGGGUGUCGGUUUGGGCUUCAGCUGCACCUGUCCAGCAGGUUUCACCGGACCCACCUGCGCCCAGCUAGUGGACUUCUGCGCCCUCAACCCAUGCGCUCACGGCAUUUGCCGCAGCAUCGGCACUAGUUAUAGGUGUCUGUGUGUACCAGGUUAUCAUGGUCUGUACUGUGAGGAGGAGUAUAACGAAUGCUUAUCUGCUCCCUGUCAGAAUUACGCCACAUGCAGAGACCUGAUCAAUGCUUACGAGUGCAUCUGCGCCCCACAGUUCACAGGAAAGCACUGUGAGAUAUAUAAAGACCCCUGUCUGAAGCUCAGGUGCCAGAAUGGAGGGCGCUGUGAGAGUGGAGGGAGAAACGCGUCCUGUGUGUGUCCACCAGGAUAUAUGGGUGAGAACUGUGAGGUUGACAUCAACGAGUGCGAAAGCAACCCGUGUCACCACGGCGGUACCUGCAUCGACCAAUCAAACGGCUACACCUGCCACUGCCCUCCCGGAUGGGUCGGCGGAAGCUGCGAGAUCCACCUGCAGUGGAAGAUGGCUCAGCCGGUCGACUCGCUGACCAACAUGCCGCGCCACUCUCUGUACAUUAUCAUCGGCGCUCUGUGCGUGGCUUUCGUCUUGAUGCUCAUCAUCCUCAUCGUUGGCAUCUGUCGCAUCAGCCGUAUCGAGUACCAGGGCUCCUCCCGUCAUGCCUAUCAGGAGUUUUACAACUGCCGCAGUAUUGACAGCGAUUUCAGCAACGCCAUCGCCUCUAUUCGCCACGCAAGGUUUGGGAAGAAAUCCAGACCGGCAAUGUAUGAUGCGACUCCCAUCAGUUAUGAAGAUUACAGCCCCGACGACAAGCCAUUAGUCGCACUCAUUAAAACUAAAGAUUUGUGAGGCAAUACAUGCACACACACACACACACACACACGCACGCACCGCAUACACACAGCCACUGUUCCAGCCUUUGAAAUGAGCCAAUCCAUGCAGUAUUUAUUUCCAGAGAAUAGAUUUUAAAAAAAUGAGUCGAAAACUUUUGAAACUGAUAUAUUUUAUCAUUGUAAAACCAUGAAGCUUUUAAUUCAUAUCAGGCGCUAGGAGUGCUGCACAGAAUUAGUUAAUGGAAUAGUCCCAAACAAAUGUGCUUUGUUUGCAGACGCAAAUGUUUCGUGGAAUGUAAGUAGACGAAUAACAAGCUACAUCGCAAAACGCGGCGUGUGAGAGGGGGUGUUUAACCGAACCCUUCCACCCUCUAGACUCUGAUUACAAAUACGAUAGCAGCAAUCCACGCAAAAGCUGUAGAAUUAGGAGUAAUAGAGCUCAUAGUCCAGUUAAACUGUAACUUUAUACUGAAGAAUUAAAAGAUAAGACAAUGUAGGUUGCCUUACUGGUGCAUGGAUAGGAUCAGUGGUUCGGUUACUCUGUAACCUUAUGUACAUUGUUGUUUGCUGUUUCUUUCUUCUUGUUUAUUGUGGUCUCUUUUGUGUCCCGAACUUGGUGUUAGCAAAGUCUUAAGAUACCACCGUCCAUGUGAAGGCAGCACGGCAAAGUGCUUUUAAAAGUAAUAUUUUGUGGUGUCGUAUCACUGAGUAAUAAACUAGGCCUCCUGAUCUAUAUUUCAUAGCGUUUUAUGGAAGACCUCUCCGUUCCAGACACCUGCAAAGCUCCUUAAGCUGUGGUCACAUUUACCGCUGAAAUUUUCGCAGGCAAAAUCUGGUGAUUUCAAGGAGGGUUUCGCUUGUGUUCGAGGUUGAUCAUGCACAUUCACAGCCUUUGAAGGUGACUUCUAUGCGAGUGGUGUAUCAUACAUCCCUCAGCGGUUGAAAAUGGUAAAUAACAUUUUUUGCCUGCAUAAUUUUGCAAACGUGGCUGCAAAUGAUCAGGGAGUUGAAAAACCAUCAGUGAGUCAGUUUAGACGUGCUGUAAAAUGGCAUUAACUAUCAAGAAUUUGCUCAUAAACAAUCUGACAAUACAAGAAAACCAAGUUUACAUAUUCGGUUCCAACAUGAAAAUGUAAACGGACGUGUGCAAAGUUUAAUAAACCGUCAGUUUAUUGGCAAAGUGAAAGGGAAACUUCAAAGUGCGUCGUAUGGGUUUUGACGUUUACUCGAUAAAAGAAAUGUUCAUGGCUUUUACACGGCCUUACGUGUUUUAACAUAAUCGUAUGAUUGUGAAUGUAAACACAUGAAUGCGUGAGAGCCGUGGAAAAUUCAAGAAGUCAAAAUGCCGCGUGUGUAAUGGAAGUUGUAGGGAAAAUAAUGUGGACAAGCAACAAGGAAAAUUUGAGACUUUUAAUCUGCACAGAAUGCUUAUUGGCCCCGAAAUGGACUUAAAAAUAGCCUCCAAGAAUAAGAUUACCUUCACCAUUAGUAUCUACUGAGACAUUAGUGAGUCAGAGCAUUGGAACAAGUGAAGUGUCUCUGACAGGUCCUCGAGUCUGGUUAAGACCGGUGUAUUUCUGCCAUGCGCUUCUGGUGUUCCUGCAACGGGUUCCAGCUGUCUUUCUCUUCAUUUGCAUCUGGCUGGAGUGGUACUCAUGGAAUGUUUUCAUUCUUUCCAUUACCCGUCUCCCUUUCUCACUUAUCUUCCAUAUCUGCUCCUACUUAUACUCAUUGUACUCCUAUGGUUAUCCUUUUGCUUAGUAUAGAAAGGUGGAGGUUGCCCUCGGUAGCUGAUCUGAGACCGCUUUUGAUGCUUUAUAAUGCCUGGAUUAAAGGAAACGCUUUGGCUAAAAAUCAAUUCGCCUCAUGCUGCGUUUCGUUAAACACCGAAGGAGUUAUUUUGCAGAAUGCCCAAGCUGCUCUUUUCCGUGCAACGAUUGUACUGGAAAAAGCACCGAAACCGUUUAUCGCAUUCAAGCUGUAUGUAAAAACUGGCCAAAAAAUCGGUCACAGAUUUAAAAUCCGUAGGUAUUAAAACAUUCUGCCUUAAGAAGCACUGUGCCAUGUUUUGUCUGAGUGAUAUCAAAUAAAACUGGUUCAGGUUUCUUGCUGCUGAUCUCGCUAUUUAAAUAUUUUCAACUGAACAAAAGGAUCUGGAAAGUAUUUGGGAGACUUUUUGGCAGUUUUACUGUGUUUUGUCCAUCUUGGAGCUCGACCAAGGUGUAUCGCCGCUUGGACAUUCUCCAAAUAUCCUGUUUUAGUCUUCUACGGAAGAUCGGAAAUGAACAGCAUGAGGGCGAGUUUUAAGAUUUAAUCUUCAUCUUCAGGUGAAUGAACAGGUUGUGUCUAGGAUCAGUACUAAAGGGAAGCUUCUGACCCGAGCACUGUUUUUGUUAGAUAAAGAUAACACCCAUUUGGUUAUAUCUGUGGAAUGAUGUAUUAAUAAAAGUUAAAGUGAAAGCCUCAA